AUGACGGGAAAGGCUGGCUGGCUGGGGGAUAUCGCUUACGCGCUCGCCCGGCUCAGGUGCCCCGUCCGCGUUGAUUUUGUCCGCAUUAUGACGGGAUCCGACGUUGACGAGGUCAUCCAGCAAGUCAAGGACUCCUUCCGCAUCCACGUCCGUGCACUGCUGUCCCAAAGAAGAUGGUUGACUUCGUUGCGUGCACGCGAGAGCAUGGAGGCGAACGGACUCAAACCGCGCAACCCGAUCCAGUACCGCGCCUACCUCGACAUUGCGAUGCCACACCACCUCAAGGCGCUCACCCUCAUUCUCACUGGGGAACACCCACUUCUAGACGUGCGGGGUGGAUGGUCACAGCGCGGUGUGGAGAUCGCGCCUGAGUGGCGCCGCUGUCGUUUUUGUGAGGGAGGCAUUGAGGACGGCGUGCACGCGCUCUUCAUAUGCAAUUCCCGUGCAGAGCUGGCGUUGCUGCGCACGCGCUUCUGGGAGGACGUCGCCGACAUCGACCCCUCCAUUCGUGGGUGCUCUCAUGAUCCAGCUGCUUGGAUUCACGCCCUUUGCGCGCACCCGGCGACGUGCGCUAUGCUCGGCAAGUUCGCAUUCGAUGUCUUACAGCUCUUCGGGAUGCAUCGCGCUUUCUCGCCGCCCACACACGUGUGGGUGGCUGCUUCGGAUGGAAUAGGUAACCAGGACGGUGGAUUGUAA